AUGAGCAGCUCGAGGACGAUCGUGAACGAUCACUACAGCUUCGGCCCGCUGGACAUCCCGCGAUCGCAGGUGUUCGCGGAGACGCCGCUUUCGUACGGCAUCGUCAACCUCAAGCCGGUCGUGCCGGGGCACGUCCUCGUCGUGACGCGACGGAUCAUCAAGCGGUUCGAGAGCCUCACCGAGGACGAGCUCGUGGACGUGUGGACGCUCGCGAAGAAGGUGGGGUCCGCGCUGGAGAAGCACCACGGCGCGACGUCGCUGACGUACGCGAUCCAGGACGGCCCGAGCGCGGGGCAGACGAUCCCGCACGUGCACAUACACGUCCUGCCGAGGAGAGACGGCGAUUUCGAAAACAACGACGAGGUGUACGACGCGGUCGACGCGAGCGAGAGGGCGAUCGGGGGGGGCGGGGAGCGGCUGAACUUGGACGCGGAGCGGGUGAUCCGGACGCCGGAGGAGAUGGCGGCGGAGGCGGCGACGAUCCGGAAGCUGCUGUUCAACAACGGGGUCAACCCGAACGCGCGCUGACGCUGAUGUGAGGAUGACCGACGGAGUCGUCGCGGGCGAGCGGCUGGGAGCGACGACUGGACGAGAGAAUAAUAAGACAGGAAGCGACUUCGAAGAAGUCAGGGGGGACGGAGGCGAGGAGGACGGACGGACGGACGGACGCCGACCGCGGUGCGAACGAUAUUACGCACCGCGCGAGCGGCCCGGUCGAUCGCGAUGGCGCCGCGGCGCCUCCUUGUAUAAGACGAAAGCACGUUAUCAAC